GUGCCUCUGAGAACUGUGAGGCUUACGAAGAUUCUGAUGGAGAUUUGCAUUCACAGAAAACUUGCAUACAAUUUUGUUGCGGAACCUGCACCAACCGUUAUUGUUGCUUGGACCCUUUAAAAAGAAAUAAUCAAUUUCUCUGUUCUUGGCCCAAGUUGGGAAGUGUAUUUCCAUCUUUCAAGCCAGAAGCAUUCAAGAUAGAUUUGGACGAUUCGUAUCCACCUGGACCCAGUGGGACAGUUAUAGCGAUUGGCGUUUCAAUUUUCAUCCUGUUUGUAGUAGCCAUCAUUCUCUGCUUCACCUGCUCAUGUUGCUGCCUGUAUAAAGCCUGCCGAAGGAGACCACAGCCUGUUGUGACCACAGCUACAACUGUAGUGCAGAUGCCCUACCCUCAACAGCCUGGGACACCAGCUGUUUAUCCCGGAGGAGCAUACCAAGGAUACAAUCCGCUGCCGGUGCAGCCCCAGCCCAGAAUGCCAGUGGCACCCUACCCAACCCAGCACCCUCCGCCCUAUCCUAUGCAGCCUGCAGGGCCACCGCCAUAUCAUGAAACAGUGGCAGCUGGUGCUGGAGCUCCUGUAGUUCAACCGCCUUAUAACCCAGCAUAUAUGGAUCCUCCAAAGCAUUCCUAUUAAAUGGACUUUUGCUGUGUGUCUGUGUGGAAACCUCUGCCUUUUUCAUGUGGAGUUCUUUCUUAAAAUACCAUUCUGAUAUAUCUGUUUGGAGGAAUGGGCCAGAGUUUAGACAACUGUUCUUUACAGUGUAUUGAGAAGUGCAAGAUAUUAGGAUCAAGCGAUUAAAAAUUGACUUAAAAAAAAAAAGCGGGGGGGGUCUAAGAAAAAACUUAAAGGUAAGCAUUGUGAAUAUAAUUGUAUUAAAUAGCAACAAGCAUUUGGGGCAUUAUUUUGCCAUUUUUCCAACAAAAUCAAUUUACAAUUGGCUAUUCUCUUUCCAGUUUAGCACAGAAGAGCAACAUCUGUGGCAAAGCAAAGUAUGUUUUUGAAGUAAUAGGGAAAUAGCUCUUUAGCAAGAAAUGGGGCAUGUUGUUAAAUAAUAUCCCUGUAUUUCUCCAUCAUGCAGCAAUUGCACAGCCAUUCAGUAUAACUUUCCAGUGCAAAUAUUUGAAUGUCAUUGGAAUGUUGUCACUAUACCAAAAAUCUUGCAUGGAAAUCAUUGCAUGGAAAUUGUUGAAUGGGAUCAUUUAUCAGCUUUCUGUAUUCUGCAACAAAACAUUACAGCAUAUUGUGCUCUUGUAUAAAAAGAGCAGGAUUCAGAUCAAACACAGAUAAAUAAUAUGAUGACCACCUCUACUUUUAUCUGUAGUUCCCAGAAUCCCUUGCCCUUAGCACCCAGAGCCUGCUGGGAAUUUAAAUCCAGCUGGAGGAAUGUCAAAUUGCCUAGUUCUGCUCUCGGGCAUUUCAUUCCUUCCCACAUUAACCAUUUUUCUUUUCCAACUGACAGUCAGUUUCCUAUAGGCAUGUAUUGUCUUGAGCAAGGUGGUUUUGAUUAGAGCCUGGCUAUGCUAUUGGAAGGAGGAAAUAUCACAGUGAUAAUAUUUUGUUAACUGAGUGCUUUGCUGCCAUUUGAGAAUAAUCCAUUUCUCAGUUGAAAGGAGUUUUUCAACUACUUACUGUAUUCCCUAUUUCCUUGGAGUUUGUAUAAGCAGAGAGAGAGAGAGAGAGAUGAAGUUCUGUCCUGAAAUACAAACAUUAUUUGUAAUACAUUUGGUGUCCUAUGACUUAUAUGCAAGUGGAAAUGUUUCAAAACUCUUUAUAUAUUAAUAUAGAGCCUAUUUGAUAAGGAAGAAAACCUAAGCCUGGGCUUUCACCCCAGGAAAAUAGAUGACCCCCAAUCUCUGCAAAGUUACAGCAAUCCAAAGGAAAACAACUUUGCUCCAAAUAAAGUGGCACAGAGCCCAAAAUAAACCAAUGCAGCUCACAAAACCAGCCAACUUUGUGAGAUUAGGUAAGUCUUGUGCAGAAAUACCCCAGCCAAGAGAAACCUGGUUUCAUAGCUUUUUUUUUUUAUUGCAAAUAGUUUUGUGUAGUUACAGGAUUAUAGUCCUGGUGUUUGUCUGAAGAAUGUUUCUGUAACCUUUGUGUCUUCUUAAAGCUUCCAGUUUCAGUUCCAUUUUCCUAUUUAAGGUACUUGCAGAAUAAUUAAGACUUGUCCAAUAAAUCCUACUGAAUUUUAUAGGACUUUCAUUUAAUAUGUAGGAGACUCUACUGUAAACUUACACAGGCUGACUUCUCUUCAGAAAGAUCUAGUAUCUUCUCUGUAUUAAUGGCUUGUAUCAGCCUUUCCCAAACCAGUAUUCUUGAGAUAUGGUGGUUUUAUGGCCAUGCUUGCUUGGAGGUAUUGUGAAUUACAGUCCAACAAGAUAAAGGGCAUUUGCCUGAGAGAAGUAGGCAACGCUAUAUUACAGAAAAAUGAGAGGAUAUCAGAAAUUCAAAAGCUGGGAUACAUUUUUUCACACACAUGUGAGUGAUAGAAUAC